CUCCUCCUCCACGGAGAAGACCGCCUUCCUUCCUCGGGAGCUUUUUAGAUGUGCAUAAUCCCCGAGUUGACCCAGAAAAUCGUCAGUCGCUCCGCUUGAAGAUCUGAUGCUGCAGUCUUUGUGCGCACCUCACCCGGCAAUGACGCGCGGCCCCGCGGACUCCUCGCACUGAGCGAAAAACCCCCCUUUUCCCAACCCCCCCAACCCCUUCUACCUCCCUCCUCUCCUCACCUCUCCCUCCCUCUCCUUCUUCACCGCAGCGGACCAACCGAACCAGCGGACCGGGCCGAGCUUUGAGUGGACUAACUUUGGACUUUUUUUUUUUCUUCUUCUUUUUUUUUUUUUUUUUCGUUGUCGCGGAGGACCUGAGCACGGAGGCAUGGCGGAGCACCUCAUGAUGCCCAUGAAUCACGGUUCGGCCGGCGCCGGUCUCCACGCGUACCGGAUGGGCAUGAACGGCCUGGCAGCGGGCCACCCGCCGCACGGCCAGCAGCAGGCCUCGGCCAUGCGGGCCAUGCCCGGCGGCCAGAUGAUGCACUACGCCGGCGCGCAGGCCGGCAUGGAGAUGCGCCAACGGCAGGGUAUGGUGCCACCCGGCGGGCCCAUGAGCGGCGCCCAAAUGGGGCACCACCACCAGAUGAUGUACAACGGGCAGCAGCAUCACAUGCACCAGGCCCAGCAGCAGCAGGUCCAGCAACAACAACAACAACAGCAGCAGCAACAGCAACAGCAGCAACACGCCGCCCAGCAAAGCCAGUUCAUGAACGGAGGCCUGACGUCGCAGCAGCUCAUGGCCAGCAUGCAGCUCCAAAAACUCAACACGCAAUAUCAUGGACACCCGCUCGGCCCCAUGGGCGGCGGCGGCGGCGGGGGUCACAUGGGCGGCCCGGCCAACCAGUACCGCAUGAACCCGGCCCAACUGGCCAACAUGCAGCAUAUGGCGGUCCCGGCGCUGGCGCUGAACGGCAUGGAUGCGGACAUGAUCGACGAGGAGGCGCUCACCUCGCUGGUGGUGGAGCUCGGCCUGGACCGGGUCCAGGAGCUACCCGAACUCUUCCUGGGCCAGAACGAGUUUGACUUCAUCUCGGACUUUGUCAGCAAACAGCAGCCCAGCACGGUUAGCUGCUGAGACCACCCCGUUGCUCCCCCCCCCCCCCCCCCCGAGCCCCCCACACCACCCCACACCACCCCCAAGCCCCGCAAAUAGAAAAGCCCAAUAUAACCACCUAGCCCGGAUCAACGGGACAAACACACGGAUGGUGCCCUCAUCAUUUUUUGGUUUUUUUGGGUUUUUUUUGGUUUUUUAAGGACCACCGAGCCGAGGACUUGCGGCGCCGGGUGCGCGGAGAACUCUGCCGGUGGGUCGCUGUGGUCUACAGGGUGCUGCGAGGGGGGUUAUAGUUUCCCCUCCCCACUUCCUGGACGUGAAUGUAAAAAGACGAAAACAAAAGUCACAAAGCCACUCUGAACAAUGACACUGUGUUUCCGCCGAGGUGUAUUUAUUUAUAAUCGGACGUGGAGAACCACCACCAGCCGGGGCCAAGUGAUUCGUCAAGAUUUGACUUUCUUUAGUCAGCCUACCCCCCCCCCCCCCCGCCGCCCCCCUCCCCCUUCCUCAUCCUCCAGCUUGUUAUUAAAAUAAGCUCAGAAGGUCCAAAAAGGAGCCUUAAUUUUAUGAGGCGUCGUCCAAUUUUUCAGAGUUUUAAAAAAAAAUAGAUUUUUUUUUUUUUUGGAUGUGCUGUUCUCAAAAAAAAAAAAAAAUCAACUGCUUGUACUGUAUGAAGCUGUAUAACUCCAACAUGUCCACACUGUUUUGUGUUCUCAUGGAGACGUAGAACCGCCUUAAUCACGCAGAUUCUUAUUUAUUAUUGGUUGGUUGUAGUCCCUUUUUUUUUUUUUUUUUGGUUUGUUUGUUUGUUUUUGGGUGGAUGAGAUUUUGAAAGGAGGGAGGGACGGUCUUUGUGAAAGGUUUUAAGGAUCAAUAAAGAUGGCCUGGAUAUAGAA